AAAGAGAGAUAUUUAGGGCUAAAGAUCAUUUGCAACUUCGACGAAACGAUUCAUCAUCUUCUCCAAUAAGAUUAAAGAAAGAUGGAUACUUCAAGUCCUUCAGCUUUUGUGAACGGAGCUCUGUUGAGGCGAUACAUUGGUCAGAAGGUCAGAACUGUGAUUCAAGUGAUCGGUUCAGACACUGGUUCUGUCGUCGGGAAAUCUACUGAUGAUCUUCAGAUCGUUGUUAGGGGAUCGUCUCCGCCUAAUCCUCUUACUACUUACCUUGAGGUCAUUGGAAUCGCAGAGAGUGAUAACUCCAUUCGUGCUGAAACUUGGACCAAUUUUGGCAACAGUUUUGAUCCGCAGAAUUUCAAUGAGCUAUGUAAGCUAGCAAAUGGGGAGUUCAAGCACAUGUUUAUCUAAUGUUGUUGAUGUUAGAUUCUGAUCAUCCAAGUGAUUCCAUUAAAAACCCUUUUUGUAGAUGCUUAUGCCUUAAUUAUAUCUAUGUGAUGUCUCAACACUUUCUGGUUCUAAGAUUUGCUUUUUUUACUUUAGUCUAUGUAAGAGCUUCUUAAUCUAUGUAACACCAUUAUCUAUUACAAAGUAAGCUUCAAUUGCUGUUUCUGUUA